AUGGCCAAGUUGAACAACGUGGAACAAACGCAGCUCAUACUUGCGCGAUUAAUGGAAGGAGGCCAAGAAGAUGACGAUACAUGCCGAGAACUAGAUCGCCUCACCAAGCUCUUGAACAACGAUGUCGAAUCUAAGACUAAGGAGCAAUCUAUAUGUGAUGUCAUUGAUGAUGUAUGUCUUGAUACCAUACUUGGCUAUCUCGACAUGCGACAAGCCGAUUUAGUCCGAGCUCAUGGAAUCUUGACCACUUCUGCCUAUCUCAAAGCAGCCGGCGACAAAGGCAACGAGGCUCUAUGCAACUUCUUUUUCGAUCGAGUCAAGAGAGGCACAUAUGACGAUUAUAUCGUUGCUUUCUGUGUCGCCGCCGCUGUCUUUCCUAUCGCACCGGAUAUUACGGCUAACAUAUUCCUCAGCGAAGGCUUUUUGCCAAGCUUAGACCCCUUGAUGCGAAGAAAGUGGAAGAGUAGAAAGGUUGAGACAGCAUGUCUAGAGAUGCUCAACGCCGCUUCUAUGAACUCGCAGUGUCGCGAGGCUAUCCGAAAGUACUGCACUGACUGGCUAGAAGAAGUCGUUGACCAAGACCCUCGUGAGCUGGCCAAGGCCAUUCACUCGGCGGAUCCCGAGAUUCAGGUUACCGAAGGUUCAAUCGCUAUGAGGAGGCAUUCCGAGGCAGUUCAGAACCUAGCCGCAGUCAUUCUAGCAAAAUUGAGGGCGGUGCCCUCGUCGGCGCAACAAGCGACAGAAGGAUCCGAUGACAGGAUACAACAAGCGAAUACCAGCAUCGAGGAUCUCUCUAAAAUGUUUAGUUCGGUAAUAUUAAAAGACCCAGAGGGCGACAAGCGACUUUCGGUAGAAGGAUUAGCAUAUGCGACUAUCCAGCCCGCAAUUAAAGAGGAGGUUGCGCACAACAAGGAACUUCUGAAGACUCUUGUGAAAAUUCUAGGUAAUGCGCCUGCAAAAUCGCCACUUACGUAUGGGGCUUUAAGCAUCUUCAUGAAUCUUACCCGCUAUCAACCAACACAAUCCGAGGAAGAGAAGAAAAUGUCUCAACUGAAGGCUUACGCUAAUGCCUCCGGAAAGUUGGGGCCGUCGAACCCUUUGAACGACAAUGAUCACGUUUCGGAGCGAUGUAAACGAGUUUUUGAAGCUGGCAUAGUGCCUAUUUUGGUAACACACAGCCGUCAUGGUUCCGUCGCAUCGCUAAAUCUAAUCGUAACUAUUAUAUCCGCACUCUCGGUCACAACUAGUUUACGAGGUCAACUUGCGCAGCAAGGAGCAGUGAAUCUUCUCAUUGCCGCCUGCACAGCUUUACCUGACUCCGAAUCACAGGCGAAACGCACUUCAGCUCAAGCACUUGCUCGUAUUUUAAUUAGCACAGAUCCUGCUCUUGUUUUUGGUGGAACACGCGCCCGUCCGAUGAACACAGCCAUCCGACCUCUCAUCUACAUACUAUCCCCCGAUCCCGCUGCCGAAACCCGAGAUCUCCUACCAACAUUUGAGGCUUUGAUGGCGCUCACCAACCUCGCUUCGACGGAUGAUGAUACGCGAGAAACCAUUAUCCGUAAUGCGUGGCCGGAAAUCGAGGAGCAGUUAUUAUCCUCGAACCACAUGGUCUCUAAGGCUGCUGUGGAAUUGAUAUGCAAUCUAGUGCAGUGUGUCGAGGGCGUUGCUCUGUAUGCGGCGGAAGAUACGCAGGCAGCAAACCGGUUGCAUAUUCUGCUUGCUCUGGCAGAUGCCGAAGAUGAGGGAACUAGAAGUGCAGCUGGUGGGGCACUCGCGUCUCUAACGUCAUUUGAGGCUGUCGUCACGGGUAUUGUGAAGAGAAAUCGUGGGGUUGAGGUAGUCUUAGGUUUAUGCAGCGAGAAGAGCGAGGACCUACGUCACCGAGGCGUGUUCGUCGUCUACAACAUGGUAGCGUGCGAAGGAGAACCAGGAACGUUGGCGAGAAAGGCGAUUCGUGAGAAAAAUGGAGUUGAUGUACUGAAGGAAUGCGCGAAGAGUAGCAGGAGGGCUGAGGUUGUUGAGGUUACGAUUCAAGCUUUGAAGAUUCUGCUUGAGCAGCAAGAUUGA